UUGUCUGCUGUUUGGCAAAGAUGUCGGAACCGGAGCAAGAGCCCGAGUUGUCCGAGAUAGACAGCGCGCUGCUGGACUGCUCGCCCCGGGAUGUGUCCUUGGCUUGGCUCCAUGCGAUAGAUCUUAGAAAGGAAGUCUACCAGCACCUUGCUUACUAUGUUCCCAAAAUAUACUGCCGGGGACGCAAUAUAUCUCCAGAUAAAGAAGUGUUUGCAGAGAAUGCCCUUCUUGGUCCCCUGGAGUGGUAUAUGUUUGGUGAAGACCCAGCAAUUGGAUUUCCAAAACUGAAACAAGCCAACAAACCUUCACAACUCUGCGGCCGAGUUUUCAAAGUUGGAGAACCAACAUAUUCAUGCAGAGACUGUGCUGUGGAUCCCACGUGUGUGUUGUGCAUGGAAUGUUUUUUGGGAAGUAUUCACAGAGAUCAUCGCUACCGGAUGACCACAUCAGGCGGCGGGGGAUUCUGUGACUGUGGAGACACAGAAGCAUGGAAAGAAGGACCAUACUGUCAGAUACAUGGAGUUAACAUCUCUGAAAGCGAAGUAGAGGAUCCACUUGUUCAUCUAUCAGACGAUAUAAUCGCGCGGGCAUACAACGUUUUUGCCAUUAUGUUCCAGUAUGCUGUUGAUAUUCUGACAUGGGAGAAGGAGAAUGAACUGCCUUCUGGGCUUGAGUGUCUGGAAAAAAAAGACACAUAUUACUGCAUGCUGUUUAAUGAUGAGGUCCACACAUACGAGCAGGUUAUAUACACGCUGCAAAAGGCAGUGAGCUGCACACAGAAAGAAGCCAUUAGUUUUGCUACAACAGUGGAUCGAGAUGGCCGCAGAUCUGUCCGGUAUGGAGACUUUCAGUACUGUGAAAGUGCAAAGUCUGUCAUUGUGUCAUAUUCUCUUCAGAGAAACACCAGUCGGCAGACGAAGCCUCUGAAAGUGCAAGUCAUGCAUUCUUCUGUUGUUGCGCACCAGACGUUUGGGUUAAGGUUCCUUAACUGGCUGGGUCAAGUCAUUAGCUAUUCCGAUGGACUAAGGCGCCUCUUGUGCCAGGUGGGUUUGCAAGAAGGCCCGGACGGGGAAAACUCUUCCCUUGUAGACAAACUGAUGCUGUGCGAUUCAAUGAUGUGGAAAGGAGCAAGGAACUGCUACCACCAGCUGUUCAUGAGUAGCUUGCUGAUGGAUUUAAAGUAUAAGAAACUAUUUGCUAUCCGCUUUGCAAAAAACUAUGAGCGAUUGCAGAGUGAUUAUGUGAAAGACGAUCACGACAGAGAAUUCUCAAUCACUGAUCUUUCGGUGCAGAUAUUCACAAUGCCUUCGCUUGCUCGAAUGCUGAUCACCGAAGAGAAUCUGAUGGCCACCAUUAUAAAAACCUUUAUGGCUCACUUGAAGCUCAGUGACGUCCAGCAGGGAAAGUUUCACUUUGACCGAUAUACAGCACUGCAGUCUUUCAAAUUUAGAAGAGUCCAGAGCCUUAUCUUGGACCUUAAGUAUGUGCUGAUAAGCAAACCAAAUGAGUGGUCUGAUGCUUUACGUUGCAAAUUUCUUGAAGGAUUUGAUGUGUUUCUGGAAUUACUAAAAUGCAUGCAGGGAAUGGACCCGAUAACACGUCAGGUUGGACAGCACAUUGAGAUGGAGCCUGAAUGGGAGGCCGCCUUCACAUUACAGAUGAAAUUAACACACAUCAUAUCAAUGAUUCAAGAUUGGUGUUGUAGUGAUGAGCAAGUCCUUGUUGAAGCAUACAAGAAGUGCCUUAUAGCUUUGAUGACUUGUCACAGUGGUUUUACUGAUGGAGAACAGCCCAUAACCUUGAGUAUUUCUGGCCAUUCGGUAGAGACCAUACGUUACUGUGUUUCCCAAGAAAAAGUCAGCAUUCACCUCCCUAUUUCACGGCUCCUUGCAGGAUUACAUACUUUGCUGAGUAAAAGUGAAGUGGCUUAUAGGUUUCCAGAGCAACUACCUUUUAGUGAAUUAAGCCCACCAAUGCUGAUUGAACAUCCACUGCGUUGUUUGGUGUUAUGUGCCCAAGUACAUUCAGGAAUGUGGAGAAGGAAUGGCUUUUCUUUAGUCAAUCAGAUUUAUUACUAUCACAACGUAAAGUGCCGAAGAGAAAUGUUUGACAAAGAUAUUGUAAUGUUACAGGCAGGAGCAUCUAUGAUGGAUCCCAACCACUUUCUGAUGAUCGUGCUCAGCCGUUUUGAACUCUUUCAGCUGUUUAGCAAUCCAGAUUAUGGAAAAAGAUUUCGGAAAGAAAGUACAAACAAGGAUAUUAUACAGCAGAACAAUACUCUAACAGAAGAAAUGCUGCACUUGAUCAUAAUGGUUGCUGGAGAAAGAUAUUGCCCAGGAGUUGGACAAGUAACUGCUACAGAUGAGAUAAAGCGUGAAAUUAUACACCAACUGUGCAUCAGGCCCAUGGCCCACAGUGAACUAGUUAAGGCCUUGCCUGAAGAUGAAAACAAAGAAACAGGAAUGGAAACAGUGAUUGAAUCUAUAGCCUCAUUUAAAAAACCAGGUCUAACAGGCAGAGGACUUUAUGAGCUCAAGCCUGAAUCUGCCAAGGAGUUCAAUCUAUAUUUUCAUCACUACUCGAGGGCAGAACAAUCUAAGGCAGAGGAAGCUCAGCGCAGAUUAAAGAAGCAGAAUGGUGAAGAUACUGCUCUCCCUCCACCAGUCCUGCCACCUUUCUGUCCACUUUUUGCUAGUUUGAUAAACAUUCUGCAGUCGGAUGUUAUGCUAUGCAUCAUGGGAACAGUUCUACAGUGGGCUUUGGAGCCUAGUGGUCUUGGAUGGUCAGAGUCCAUGCUGCAAAGGGUCCUGCAUCUUAUUGGCAUGGCAUUACAGGAAGAGAAUCAACUCUUACAGAAUGUCUGUGAGGACAAUGUUGUCAAUUUCAACUUCAGUGAAAAGAUUUCAAGACCUGGGGAACCCCCCAGCACAUCUCCCAGCAUACUGGCCACGUUAGAAACACUGCAAAAUGCUGCCCAUUUGGAAGCGCACAAAGAUAUGAUACGCUGGAUACUGAAGACAUUUGGUGCUAUUAAGAAGAUCAGAGAGAGUUCCUCAGCAAGCCCAGUCUUAGAGACAGAAGGCAGUAUUUUUGAGGAGUGUACUCGGGAUAAAGACAAAGCUGAGAGGAAGAGGAAAUCAGAGAUUGCAAGGCUUCGAAGAGAAAAGAUCAUGGCCCAAAUAUCCGAGAUGCAGCGUCAUUUCAUUGAUGAGCAUAAGGAGCUUUUCCAACAAACAGACGAAAUGAGUGCAUCGACAUCCUCUGCGUGUGAUCAUGGCCCUGCAAUGUUGGAUACCAAACCUGUUUCAUUGGGUCCUCACCAAACAAAGUUCACAGAAGAAAGGCAGCGUGUUAUUUGCAUUUUGUGCCAAGAAGAGCAGGAAUAUAAAGUGGACAACAAAGCCAUGGUGCUAGCUGCUUUCAUCCAAAGAUCGACUGUUUUCUCUAAGAACCGGAGUAAAAUCAUUGAUAAUCCUGAGACCUAUGACCCGUUGUUCAUGCACCCAGACUUGGCCUGUGGGACUCAUACAGGAAGCUGCGGACAUAUAAUGCACGCUGACUGCUGGCAGAGGUAUUUUGACGCUGUACAGGCAAAGGAACAGCGCAGGCAGCAGCGUCUACGUGUCCACACGAGCUAUGAUGUGGAGAAUGGGGAAUUUCUUUGCCCCCUUUGUGAGUGUUUAAGCAACACAGUUAUCCCUAUGCUACCACCACCAAGAUGCUUAUACCACAGGUUAGAUUUCUCCGAUCAGCCUGAUUUAGCCGAAUGGGUUAGUAUAACAGCUCAGCAGGUUAAAGGACUCAAACUCCUAUACUCAGACCAAAGUGAUCCAGCGGAUUUAGAGACCCCCAAACUUUUGGACCUUCCUGAAGGUUUCCGGACAGAUUUCCAGCCAAAGAAUCCAUACUCUGACAGCAUUAAAGGGAUGCUGACAACGUUUGGAACAGCAACAUACAAGGUGGGCCUGAAUGUUCAUCCCAACGAGCAGGAUCCACGUGUCCCAAUCAUGUGCUGGGGGAGCUGUGCUUACACUAUACAAACCAUUGAACGCAUACUGACUGAUGAAGAGAGACCUUUGUUUGGAAAUUUGCCGUGCCGGCAGGAUGACUGCCUCAAGUCUCUGACCAGGUUUUCUGCAGCUCAUUGGACUGUGUCCUCACUUCCUGUGGUGCAGAAACACUUGUGCCGCUUGUUUAGUGCAAUUGUGCCUGAGGAAGACAGCAAUACUGCUCCAUGUAUACUGGAUAUCGACAUGUUCCAUUUAAUGGUCAGCUUGGUGCUCGCUUUUCCAGCCUUACAGUGCCAGGAUUUUUCUGGGAACAGCCUUGCGACUGGAGACCUUCACCUUUUCCACCUUGUAACCAUGGCACAUAUCGUCCAGAUAGUCCUUUCUUCAUCGAUAGAUAUACGGCAGUUAUCCGUGUUGUGCCCUUACCUUUCAGAAGACAACUGCAUGGACCAAGAAUCUACAGAUGGAGAAGAGGAGAUGGCUGCCAUUGCCUUGUAUAGGAAAAUUUGCCAGUGCACUGGACGAACUGUGAGAGAGCUGUCUUCUGGGUGGCAUUUCUGCAGAGCAAUAAAAACUGCUAUCCUGCCUUUCCUGAGGUGUUCUGCUUUGUUUUUCCAUUAUUUAAAUGGUGUGCCAGCACCAUUAGAUUUACCAGUGAAUGGAAUGAGCCAGUUUGAUCAUCUCUGUAGUUACCUUUCUUUGCCUACCAACCUAAUCAGCCUUUUCCAAGAUAAUCCCAAAGUGUCGGAGACCCUGAUAAAUAGUUGGUGUAAAAACAAGGAGGUGAAAAGAUUUCUGGUUGGUGAACGGACAGCCGUCAGCUUUCCCAGAGAGUCUAAUAAAUUAAUAGACCUUCCAGAAGAUUACAGCAGCCUAAUUAACCAAGCAUCAAAUUUUUCGUGCCCAAAGUCUGGAGGGGAUAAAAGCCGAGCUCCCACUCUGUGUCUGGUGUGUGGAGCAAUGCUGUGCUCUCAGAGUUACUGCUGCCAGACCGAGUUAGAUGGGGACGACGUUGGUGCAUGCACUGCGCAUACUUACACAUGUGGAUCUGGCAUGGGUAUCUUCCUCCGAGUCCGGGAAUGUCAGCUCCUCUUUCUGGCUGGGAAAACUAAGGGCUGCUUCUAUGCACCUCCUUAUCUAGAUGAUUAUGGCGAAACAGACCAGGGACUGCGACGAGGAAACCCUCUGCACCUCUGUAAAGAGCGCUUUAAAAAGAUCCAGAAACUCUGGCAGCAACACAGCGUAACAGAGGAGAUUGGCCAUGCACAAGAAGCCAAUCAGUCGCUAGCUGGCAUCGAAUGGCAACAUUUAUAAUACAGAAUAGUUGUUUUUUUAUUUUAUAGCUGUACCCCUUUUCUAAAACAAUGCCUGUGACCGAAAACAGCUCAUUGUGCAAACAAUGCAAGUCUUUAAUUUAUAAUACAUAAUUUAGUAUCUGAAUAAAAUUGUCGUUUGCUAACGGCACUGAUAAUGUCACCAGGAUGUACAAUUCCUUAGUAUUCGUUCUUGCCAUGCUUCUUUUAAAUAAAGGGAAGUUGCUGCUUAAAAUUCAGGGCAGAUUAGGAGGGGGUAGAUAUUGGUCAUUACCCCCUCUGUUUCAUCUGUACUAAGCAUGGCAAAGCAGGCUGCAACUCUAGUGAAUAUAAAAGGGAGAUAUUUUGUUAUACAGCAUAGUAAUCCUUUUAUAUGGUGACUUUAUUUACAGAAGAAGCAGUUUUGCUUUCUCUAGAUCGGAAGAAGACAAUGAGCACUUCCCAAUCUGUUAAUAUGGGUAACAGCUGCAGAUAAUCAUGGGAGUGUAAUUCAGACAAGAUACCACGAAGAACCACCAGACGUCCCUGCAGUAGAUUAGUUAAUUCUUGUUACCCAACAAGGGCAGACUUUCUAUUAUAUGCUUUUUUGGCAUUUGAGCAAGCUGGACUUACUUUCAACUCACAGAUCAAUAUGCCACGCGGACACAAAGUCUCUAAUAGCUGGGAAUAUUUAUCAUGUAGGCUGUUUAUCUGACAUUUCUGCAUGAGGGCUGCCCUUUGCAUACAGAUGAUUCUUGGUUGCAGAAUUCGCCACCCAAUAGAAAAAGACCUUAAAGAGUUUCCUGACUUUCUAUAAUCUUACCUUGGGUGUCUACCUUCAUUUAUGAGUAAUAAUUGCGUGGAAACAAGUUUUUGCCAUUUUUCCACUACUACUAUUUUGCGUGAAUAAUGGCACCUAGCCAAUCAUAUCUUAAGAACCGUACUCGCUCAUAAUGACAUGUGCAUAUUUGAGUGUGUGCAGUAAAUUAGUUGCACGUGGGACAAAGACCUUUGACAUCUCAGUGUGUUCCCUUAGUCAGUAGUAUGAUAACUCGGGUAAAAAAAAAAAUCAAUCUGUUAAAUUAGUACGUCUUCCUUAUUGGCAAUGCAUUUUUUAUUUAACAUCUUCACUGCCAGAGUAUAACAGUACAUUCAGUGUCUUGCUGGGAAUGAAUACUUUUCUGAAACAACAUCUUAAGUAGUUGACACAGAGCAGAUUUAUUGGAUCUCUGACCAUGUCAGACUUGAGUUAAAUACCACUAACUGCAUGUAUUUUUUUCUAGGUACCUGGUGUCAAUUAAAGUGAGUUUUCCGAGUGCACUAAACUUGUUGGAACAAAUAGUUGAUAUUUGCUUAACGCUAACUGUGGGCAUGUAUUAAACUGGUCCUCAGUUACUAUGGGAAGAUAAGCUUGUAAAAGAUUUUUGAUUAUGGUUAAGUAAUAUAGCUAGCCUGAUUCCCCCUCCCCCCAUUCUUCUGCUCCUGUUGAAUGAGAUUCUGCAGAUAGAUUCUCAAUAUUAAACUUUUUUUCAUGACCCCUUUAUAAAUAAGGCAUUACUUGAACAUAUACAUCAUUGACUACCAGGUAGUCUAAACUUAAAAUGCCAUCCCAUUCAACAACUUUAAACAGGGUCUCUUUCCCCAGAGGGAAAUCAGAAAAUACAUUUGGCAUCACAAUGAGUGGGUCUACUUUUAUACAAACCUUUUCAUUAUUGCCAUCCCCUUUGUGCAUUUUCCCCAUUGGUAAUGUAGCUGUGAAUGUUCUGGGUGAUUUCAAUUCAUUCCAGACGUGUGUUGAUGUGACUUGAUCGUUGGUCAAUAUAUAUGGCACAAGUUGUUUGUCAUAUGAAAAGUAAAAAUCAAUACUUAAACAUUGUGCGUGCCAGGGAUCACUACCAACUCUUUCAGCACACCAUGUGCAACUCCUUUUGUUCCUACGGUAUUGCUUAGCAAUCCUACUAGUAGCAAAAUGAGCCCAAUUUAGAACAGAAGACUGCUGACAUAUAGUCAAGCAAUUUUUCCACUUUAUUCUCACGCUCACAGUUUUAGCAUGUAUUUAUGUUUAAUGUAGAAAAUGGUAAUGUAAAAAAAAAGUAUGAAUGAAAUUAUAUUUGAAAGGAUUUUACUUCAUCUUUAAUAUACAUUAAAUUCUUGUAAUAUUUGAAUGUAAUAUAUGUAUAAAAAAAUAU